GCCGGACUUGCAAUCCGCCCUCACAGGGAGGGAGACGGCCGACGCCGGCCCACCCCACCCUCGGGGUCCCCUCCGUGGCCUGACCGGGACGCAGCGUCGCGGCGGCCCCGGCGCCGCAAAGCGUCCUGGGAGCGCCGGCUCGCGCCGGAAGAACGCGAGGGCGCGCGGCGGCGGCGAGGUUAUAAAAGGGAAGAAGCCGGCGGCGGGCGGAAGUGGGCGGUUCGGCUGCUCCGAGCGCUGUUGUUUGGUCUUUGGGCCUCUAGAGGGGCGUUAUCUGGAGGGCCGCCGGUGCAGGCCGCAGUGACAGGGCCGCUCUCCCCGCGCUCCGUGCCUGUCUCCCGGUGCAGCUGUGCUCGCGGCCUCCGCGGCCUGCAGGCCCAACAUGGCGCAGGAGGUGUCGGAGUACCUGAGCCAGAACCCGCGGGUGGCCGCCUGGGUGGAGGCGCUGCGCUGCGACGGCGAGACUGACAAACACUGGCGCCACCGCCGGGAUUUUUUGCUCCGCAACGCCGGGGACCUGGCCCCCACUGGCGGCGCUGCCUCCGCUAGCACGGAUAAAGCUGCCGACGCCGAGAGCGGGACCCGAAACCGGCAGCUGCAGCAGCUCAUCUCCUUUUCCAUGGCCUGGGCGAACCACGUCUUCCUCGGGUGCCGAUACCCUCAAAAAGUUAUGGAUAAAAUACUUAGUAUGGCUGAAGGCAUCAAAGUGACAGAUGCUCCAACCUAUACAACAAGAGACGAACUGGUUGCCAAGGUGAAGAAAAGAGGGAUAUCGAGUAGCAAUGAAGGGGUAGAAGAGCCAUCCAAAAAACGAGUUACAGAAGGGAAAAACAGUUCUGCAGUUGAGCAAGAUCAUGCAAAAACUUCUGCCAAGACAGAACGUGCAUCAGCUCAGCAGGAAAACAGUUCAACGUGUACAGGGGCGGCCAUCAAAUCAGAGAGUGGGAACUCAGCUCGGAGCUCUGGCAUCUCCAGUCAGAAUAGCUCUACAAGUGAUGGAGAUCGAUCUGUCUCCAGCCAAAGCAGCAGCAGCGUUUCCUCUCAGGUAACAACAGCAGCAUCUGGGAAAGCUUCUGAAGCAGAAGCUGCAGAUAAACACGGUUCUGCAUCAUUUGUUUCCUUGCUGAAAUCCAGUGUGAAUAGUCACAUGACCCAAUCCACUGAUUCUAGACAACAAGGUGGAUCACCUAAAAAGAGUGCUUUGGAAGGCUCUUCAGCCUCAGCUUCUCAAAGCAGCUCAGAGAUCGAGGUGCCCUUGUUGGGCUCCUCAGGAAGCUCAGAAGUAGAAUUGCCACUAUUGUCUUCCAAACCUAGUUCAGAGACAGCUUCAAGUGGGUUAACUUCCAAAACUAGUUCAGAGGCAACUGUUUCAUCAUCAGUUGCUAAAAACAGUUCCUCAUCAGGCACAUCCUUACUGACUCCCAAGAGCAGCUCUUCAACAAAUACAUCGCUGCUAACUUCCAAAAGCACUUCCCAGGUAGCUGCAUCACUUCUAGCUUCCAAGAGCAGCUCCCAGACCAGUGGAUCACUGGUUUCCAAAAGCACUUCCUUAGCAAGUGUGUCCCAGUUGGCUUCUAAGAGUAGUUCUCAGACUAGCACCUCACAAUUGCCUUCUAAAAGUACUUCACAGUCAAGUGAGAGUUCUGUCAAAUUCUCUUGCAAGUUAACCAAUGAAGAUGUGAAACAGAAGCAACCUUUUUUCAAUAGACUGUAUAAAACGGUGGCAUGGAAGUUGGUAGCUGUUGGUGGCUUUAGUCCCAGUGUGAAUCAUGGAGAGCUCCUAAAUGCAGCUAUUGAGGCUCUGAAAGCUACACUGGAUGUAUUUUUUGUCCCACUAAAAGAAUUAGCAGAUCUGCCUCAAAAUAAGAGCUCUCAAGAAAGUAUUGUUUGUGAAUUGAGGUGCAAGUCUGUGUAUUUAGGCACUGGCUGUGGAAAAAGCAAAGAAAAUGCAAAAGCAGUUGCAUCAAGAGAAGCAUUGAAGUUAUUUCUCAAGAAAAAGGUGGUGGUAAAAAUAUGUAAAAGGAAAUACAGAGGCAGUGAAAUAGAAGAUCUAGUACUCCUUGAUGAAGAAUCGAGGCCUGUAAACUUACCUCCAGCAUUAAAACAUCCUCAAGAAUUACUAUAAUGUGUCCAAAAUAUCACUGCAUACAAUAUCUGGUAUUUGAAGAGAAAAACUGACUUUUGUACAGCAUAAAACACAGGCUUUCACAAAUUUUGUAUUGCUUUUUUUCCAGUUUUGCAGAAAAUUUACAUUCUAGUUCUCUUCACACAGUAGAAGUUGUAAAUAAUUUAUGAAUGACAGUACACAUUAAAAGGUAUGCAUUAACAGCAUAUCAGUAUGCUGUUUUAUUUGCUGAAGAAAUACUGUCUUCUAUUUUUAAUGAUACGUUAGGUACGACGUGUAGUUCUGUAGAGUUCUAAAAUUUUUGUACUACUUUCAAUUUGGUGAAAACGUAUUAAGUUGUCUACCAUGUUUUCUUUUCUAGCUGAAUAAACCACAUCAAAGAAAAGGGACCACAGUAUUUGAAUGUUUGAAAGUCUGUAAAGCUUAAGGUUUUAAAAAUGUUGCCCGUAAUGUUGAACAUGUCUGUUAAAAAAUAAAAGAAAAAAUAGUUGCUUCAAACUAUUUUUAUGAGAAGUUGUAAGCAUUUUUUAGAUAUAAAGCAGUAUAAAGUACUUAUUGUUAUUUUAUUCUGAAGUUGUUUAAAAUUCACCAUGACUUUGACCGCUGCAGAUUCUUUAAGCGGGUUAAUUUAUGUUUUGAGGUGGAAUACAAUUUACACUUUUUCUUAAAGACAUGAAUGUGGGUUUCUAUAUUAAGCAUAUUUUGUGACUACUAUUAACAGAUUGAUUUGUUUAGAUAUUAAAUGCUUUAAGCUAUUUUACCUUUUCAA